GUUCCAUUCAAGUAUUGAACGUUCUAGAAGCUACUGCGUUUUACUUAGAAUGAGUCAAAAAGUGUUAAAAUUCGAUUCUGCUGAUGUAAUUAGGUUUAUUAUGAUUUAUCGUAAUCAUGAGUGUCUAUGGGAUACUGAAAAUGAAUAUUAUAAGAAUCGUGAAGCACGUAAUGCGGCACUAGCAUCAUUUGUACAGGAAUUUGGAGUUCAUGGAUUAGGACCUAAGGAUAUAACAAACAAGAUAAAAAAUUUAAGGACACAAUAUCAUGGGGAAAGGAAAAAGAUAAAAGAUUCGAUUAGCUCCGGGUCUGCUGAAGUUUACACUUCUAAACUGCCAUGGUAUAAUUUAAUGGAUUCUUUUGUAAGGAAAACUUCUGAACACAGAGAAUCAACAUCAAAUACGAACGACACUUCAAUGCCACAAAUCGUAGAGUUUAAAUAUGAGAUUGAAAAUACAGACAAUCUUUCAAAUUCAACUAUGCACGUCCUCGAUGAAAAACCAAUUCCAGUACCCAUUAAAAAACCGAAAAUAACACCUGGUUACACAGAAUCGACCUCAAAGAAACUGGAAAAUAUUGAAAAAAGGGCGAAAUUAGGCAAAAGGAACGAUGAAUUGAACAAUUUUGGCAAAUAUGUUGCCUCUUCAUUACAAACAUUGAAUUUCAAAAAUAGCAUACACGCUCAGGACGAAAUACAGGCAAUAUUAUCUAAAUAUAAACUACGGGAACUGGAAGAAAGUGAGAGCUCUACUCCAACGCCAGAAUCACCGUCAUCUAAACAAAGCAGUGAAGAGGACGCAUGGUGUGACUUGUAAUUAUUUAUUUUAAUAAGUAUUUCAUUUACCACUUAUCACU